UACUCUAGUUCUACUCAGAAAGUUAUCUCCUCUACAGCUAUAUAUACACAGACAAAUGGCACAUGCAAACACAUCAGUUAUAGCUAUUGCAGCAGGCUAAACCAAAAAUGCCAAAUCUCUCUCUCUUCUUUGCUCUUCUCUUCCUGUCUUCAGCCUUACUAAUCUCCUCCCAGUCCCCACCGCAAUCGCAAUCGCAGUCACCUUCCCUUGCCUGCAAAUCCUCCCUCUACCCAAAACUCUGCCGCUCUAUUCUAUCAACUUAUCGAUCGUCCCCCUCUGAUCUUUAUGACUACAGCAAGUUCUCAGUAAAACAAUGCAUUAAACAGGCAAACAGAUUAUCCAAAGCCAUUAACUAUUACUUAACCCACGACAAGCACCGAUCCAAAAUAAACAGUAAGGAGAUUGGAGCAUUAGAGGAUUGCCACGAGCUCACACAACUGAAUGUGGACUACUUGGGGACCAUAUCCAGUGAGUUAAAAUCAGCCGAGUCCAUGAAUGAUGAGCUAGUCGAACGAGUUACCAGUCUACUGAGUGGGAUAGUGACCAAUCAGCAGACUUGUUAUGAUGGACUGGUCGAGUCUAAGAGCAGCAUUGUGGCUGUAUUACAAGCUCCACUCACUAACGUCACUCGGCUGUACAGUGUGUCCCUUGGGCUGGUCACGCAUGCACUCGACAGGAAUCUCAAGAAAAACAAGAGGAACAAAAAGGGCUCUCAUGGAAAAGGAAUUUUAACAAAGAACCGGAUUCGUGAACCGCUUAAUACGCUUAUCAAGGCUUUACGUAAAAGCUCUUGCCAUACAUCCGGUGGUUCCAGAUGCCGACGCAAUCUUGCCGAUAUGGAGGAAGAUGGAAUCCUCAUAAACGAUACUGUUAUAGUCAGCCCUUACGGCACAGACAACUUCACAUCCAUCGGAGAUGCCAUAGCAAUUGCUCCCAAUAACUCGAAGCCUGAAGAUGGCUAUUUUGUAAUCUACGCCAGAGAAGGAUAUUACGAGGAGUACGUUAUUGUCCCCAAAUACAAGAAGAACAUAUUGCUGAUAGGUGAUGGAAUUAAUCGAACUGUCAUCACUGGGAACCAUAGUGUGGUCGAUGGCUGGACAACUUUUAAUUCUUCGACAGUUGCUGUUUCAGGGGAGCGAUUUGUGGCUGUAGACGUUACAUUCAGGAAUACAGCUGGUCCGCAGAAGCACCAAGCAGUAGCUCUGCGUAACAACGCCGAUCUCUCCACAUUUUAUCGUUGCAGCUUUGAAGGCUAUCAGGAUACUCUCUAUGUACACUCUCUGAGGCAGUUCUACAGAGAAUGUGACAUAUAUGGAACAGUAGAUUUCAUUUUUGGCAACUCUGCUGCUGUGUUUCAGAGCUGCAAUUUGUAUGCUCGUAAACCGUUGCCCAACCAGAAGAAUGCCUUCACAGCCCAGGGUCGAACUGAUCCCAAUCAAAAUACAGGCAUUUCCAUCCAUAAUUGCACCAUAGAAGCUGCACCAGAUUUGGCUAUGGACUUGAACUCAACCUUAAACUUUUUAGGUAGGCCUUGGAAGCAGUACUCAAGAACUGUAUUUAUGCAGUCAUAUAUCGGCGAUCUAAUUUCUCCCGUUGGAUGGCUUGAAUGGAAUGGGACUGUUGGAUUAGACACCCUUUACUAUGGGGAGUUCGAGAAUUAUGGACCUGGUGCAAAUACUAGUAUGAGAGUGCAAUGGCCUGGUUAUAAUCUGAUGAAUGUCUCACAGGCUGCUAAUUUUACAGUAUAUAAUUUCACAAUGGGGGAUACUUGGCUGCCUGAAACUGACAUACCCUUCUCUGGAGGAUUACUUAGUUAUUAUUGAUGUCAAAAGCUUACUUGUGUUUAUUCAUUCUACUUGAAGUUUUAUAAUUCCUCCAAUUCUUGUUAACUCAUUCAAAGGACAGAUGGUGAUUAUAGUAUUAAAUGCUAGUAUUAAUACACUACCAUUUAUACGUUA